AUGCUUCUAUAUCGCUUGGGCAGUGAUAUACGGGCACAAGGGGGAUUAUCAUUUUAUGGAGGAGCAUCAGACGUACAUGAUGAUAUGCUGGGAAUCGGUCAGUAUGAAGAUUUCCAUACUAUUGAUUGGCAACGUGAUAUUGCCAGAGAUCGAAUGCGACACAGGUAUAUAGUUAAGAAGAGACAAGAUUCGUUAUUGGAUUUACUAAAGGGUGCCCACGAUGCUUGGUCUGGCUGGCUGUGCGUGUUAUUUGUGGGUAUUGCGGCGGGUUGUGUUGCUGGCAUGGUUGAUAUUGGCGCAAGUUGGAUGUCAGAUUUAAAACAUGGCAUCUGCCCGCAAGCGUUUUGGUUUAAUCGAGAGCAAUGUUGUUGGCCAACAAAACAAUCAGUCUUCGAAGAGGGGAAUUGCUCAACGUGGAAAACAUGGCCUGAAAUAUUUGGCUUUAGUCGAAAUGGCACUGGUCCCUAUAUCAUCUCAUACAUAUGGUAUAUAUUGUGGGCGUUACUCUUUGCCGCUCUGAGUGCAUCGUUGGUACGCAUGUUUGCGCCAUAUGCUUGUGGUUCCGGUAUACCAGAAAUUAAAACAAUACUCUCAGGAUUUAUAAUACGUGGAUAUUUGGGCAAAUGGACUUUGUUAAUAAAAUCUGUUGGUCUGAUGUUAUCAGUAUCUGCUGGUUUAACAUUAGGAAAAGAAGGACCAAUGGUGCAUAUUGCUAGUUGUAUCGGAAAUAUUUUUUCACAUGUUUUUCCAAAGUAUGGACGCAAUGAAGCAAAGAAACGUGAAAUUCUUUCAGCUGCAGCAGCGGCAGGUGUAUCUGUAGCUUUUGGUGCACCAAUCGGUGGUGUUCUCUUUUCACUUGAAGAAGUUUCAUAUUAUUUUCCUUUAAAAACAUUAUGGCGUUCAUUUUUCUGUGCGCUGAUUGCUGCAUUUGUAUUACGAUCUGUAACACCAUUCGGUAAUGAACAUUCAGCAUUGUUCUUUUUGGAAUACAACGCACCAUGGAUAUUUUUCGAGCUUAUACCUUUUGUAUUUUUGGGCAUUAUGGGAGGUGUCAUUGGCACGGUAUUUAUUAAAGGGAAUUUAUGGUGGUGUCGUUAUAGAAAGUUUAGCAAAUUGGGUCAAUAUCCAGUAGUAGAAGUACUCGUCGUUACUUUGGUCACUGCAAUUGUCUGCUUUCCGAAUCCAUUUACACGCAUGAAUAUGAAUGAACUAAUCGAUUUACUUUUUAAUCAAUGCUCGCCUGGGGACACAAUUAAUCCACUGUGCGAUUACACGCGGAAAAACAUCACAAUUGGCGCUUCAUCAAUGAUUGAGGUUACAGUGCCUGGUCCCGGAGUAUACAGUGCAAUAUGGCUGCUUAUCUUCACAUUCUUUUUAAAGUUAGCAUUAACAGUUUUCACAUUUGGCAUGAAGGUACCCGCAGGUUUAUUUGUGCCAUCUUUAUUGUUAGGCUCAAUCAUGGGUAGAAUCGUUGGUAUCGGUGUGGAGCAAUUUGCGUACAGCUAUCCAAAUAUUUGGUUCUUAGCUGGCGAAUGCUCCAGUGGUAAUAAUUUAAUUACUCCUGGUUUGUAUGCAAUGGUGGGCGCUGCAGCUGUUUUGGGUGGGGUAACGCGUAUGACAGUUUCGCUAGUAGUUAUAAUGUUUGAGCUUACUGGUGGUGUUGGCUAUAUCGUACCAUUAAUGGCAGCUGCUAUGGCUUCGAAAUGGGUAGGAGAUGCACUUGGCAGGCAGGGUAUAUAUGAUGCUCACAUUGCACUAAAUGGGUAUCCAUUUUUGGAUAGCAAAGAGGAGUUUGCUCAUACAACACUCGCUGCAGAUGUAAUGCAGCCUAAACGAAAUGAAACAUUAAAUGUCAUAACGCAGGACUCAAUGACUGUUGAUGACGUUGAAAAUUUACUAAAAGAAACUGAACAUAAUGGGUAUCCUGUUGUGGUAUCGAAAGAAAAUCAAUACUUAGUAGGAUUUGUUUUAAGAAGAGAUCUCAAUUUAGCAAUUGCAAAUGCCAAACGACUUAUUGAGGGUCUUAAUGGCUCAUCAGUAGUACUAUUCACAUCCACUAUGCCAACACAAAAUCUUGGACCACCUGCUUUGAAAUUAAAGAAAAUUCUCGAUAUGGCACCAAUUACCGUUACGGAUCAAACGCCAAUGGAAACAGUUGUCGAUAUGUUCCGUAAAUUAGGUUUACGACAAACAUUAGUAACACAUAAUGGACGUCUCUUGGGUGUUAUCACGAAAAAGGAUGUACUGCGGCAUGUGAAAAAAAUGGAUGAUGAAGACCCUAACACGGUUUUGUUUAAUUAA